UUAUCGAGUUCCCAGUUGUCUUCAACGCACUGAAGUCGGAAGUCCAAGUUUUCCGAUUUCCCAGUUCCUUUUAACGCGGCAUUAGCCCUGUUUUUUAAACAAGUUUAGACAUGGCAUAAAAGCACAGCGCAUCGAGCACGGCUAGAGGCGAUACUUAACAUAUUUUCAAUUGGAGUUUGCAAACUCUCCUGUCCUCCACAGUCAAGAUGCCAGUCCUUUGUAGCAGCUGUGCUGAGAAGCGUGCAGUGCUGAAACGUCCAAAGACAGCCCAUUCCCUGUGCAAAGAGUGCUUCUUCUGGGCCUUUGAGGAGGAGGUGCAUCAGACAAUAAUGUCAGCGCAGCUCUUCAAAGAUGGAGAGACUGUGGGCAUUGGUGCCUCGGGUGGGAAGGACUCCACUGUGCUGGCACACCUCAUGAAGGUCCUAAAUGAGCGCUAUAACUACGGCCUGAAACUACUGCUGCUGUCUGUGGACGAGGGCAUCACAGGUUACCGUGACGACUCCUUGGAGACUGUGAAGAGGAACCAGCAGCAGUAUGAGCUACCUCUGAAGAUUGUGUCCUAUGAGGAGCUGUAUGGCUGGACAAUGGAUGCCAUAGUGAAGCAAAUCGGACUGAAGAACAAUUGCACUUUCUGUGGAGUGUUCCGAAGGCAGGCACUGGACAGGGGAGCCAUGAUGCUGAAGGUUGAUAAGAUAUGUACAGGUCACAACGCUGAUGACGUGGCAGAGACAGUUCUGAUGAAUGUCCUCCGAGGAGACAUCGCCCGUCUGCGUCGCUGCACUGCCAUCAGCACAGCCAGCGAGGGCGAGGGGGUAGUGCCACGCUGCAAGCCCCUCAAAUACGCCUACGAGAAGGAGAUUGUCCUCUACGCCUACUUCAAGAAGCUGGACUACUUCUCCACAGAGUGCAUUUACUCCCCCAACGCCUACCGAGGUCACGCCCGCACCUUCCUGAAAGACCUGGAGGCUGUGCGGCCCAGCGCCAUCAUGGACGUCAUCCACUCUGGGGAGAACCUGUCAGUGAGGGAGGGUGUGAAGAUGCCCAUUCAGGGGACCUGCGGCCGCUGUGGCUACAUCUCCAGCCAGGCGCUGUGUAAAUCCUGUGUUCUGCUGGAGGGCCUGAACCGUGGCCUGCCUAGACUAGGAAUCGGCAAGCACCACCGCCUCCACGGGAAGAUCCUCUCACAGCAGCCUCUGACCCAGGCAGAGGAGAGGAAGCUCAAGGCUGUGGACUUCUGAGAGGCAGAACGUCUCAGGAUCACCACUGUUUCUGUGAAGUUACACUUUGAAAUGAGUAACCGAAGAUGACUAAACCAGAUGUGGAGUUGUUUUUAAGUUUCAGCUUGGAAUUGAAGGAGAGCCGUUACGUUGCCUCUAAUGAAAGAGUAGCCAGCGUUUCCCCUUUUCGGCCACUGAACAAUGGGGAAGUGAUAAUGAUUGAUUAAAAAGGUCCUUGCAGUUGCUGGAAUCCAAAUAAAAUGUACAUUCGGCUAUGUGGUCAGUGAAUUAUGGAACCUCUGCCAGCUGAUGAUUGAAAUAAAAGUGUAUUUUGUGCGGUAUCUGUAUAAUAAAGCCAUUCAACGUUU